AUGGAGUCCAGCUCGUCGGGUUACCAAAACUUAAACGAAUCUGACCGCAGGAUCAGCAAUGUCUUCACCGCUAAGAAACAAGCACAAGACUUUGAAAUGAGCAACGUGACCGUCGUGCCCGAUGAAACGUAUACGGUUGCUCAAGCUGUGGAUGCUUUUGGAUUUGGCAGAUUUCAAGUGAAGUUGUCACUGUUCACUGGACUUUGUUGGAUGGCUGAUAGCAUGGAAACGACCAUAUUGAGCAUUUUGUCACCCACUUUGCAAUAUGAAUGGCAGAUAACACAUUUUCAGCAAGCUCUAGCAACAACUGUCGUUUUUAUGGGCAUGAUGUUGAGUUUACCAUUUUGGGGAUCAUUCAGUGAUAAGUUUGGUCGAAAAACAGCUUUGACUCUAUGUUCAGUGUUAUUGUUCUACUUUGGUAUUCUUAGCUCAAUGUCACCGAACUAUACGUGGUUAUUGGUUUUACGAGGAUUAGUUGGAUUUGCUAUUGGUUGUUCUCCACAGUCUGUUACGUUAUAUGCAGAAUUUUUACCUUGUAAACAGCGGGCAAAAUGUGUAGUGUUACUCGAUUGUUUUUGGGCACUCGGAGCAUGCUUCGAAGUUCUUUUAGCCCUAAUAGUGAUGCCCACGUUAGGCUGGAAAUGGCUUUUAGUACUGUCCACAGCACCAUUGCUUGGUUUCGCAUGUGUGUGUCCGUGGUUACCUGAAUCAGCCAAGUAUUUAGUGACCAAUGGUCAAACAGAUAAGGCAAUUGAAACUUUAAAAAAAGUUGCAUACGAUAAUGGAAAACCAAUGCUCUUAGGUAGAUUGGUCGUUGACGAUGUAGUUCUAGAAGAAAAACGUGGUCGUUUUACUGAUCUUCUGCUCCCUCAACUCAGAGUCUCAUCUAUACUACUCUGGUUUAUUUGGCUGGUGUGUGCAUUUUGCUACUAUGGAAUUGUGUUGAUGUCUACCGGUCUGUUUGAGAGCAGUUACAAUAAUAGGACAUGUUCGGCAAAUUUGGGCAGCGGAAUUUUCAAGACUGUGCAGUCUUGUACUGCCGAAUCUCAUUAUUUGACAACUCGGGACUAUAUCGAUCUUCUGUGGACAACACUUGCAGAAUUUCCUGGGAUAUUUGCCACCAUUUUUGUGAUUGAUAGAUUUGGUCGAAAGAUAACAUUGGUUUUUCAAUUUACAUUAUUUGCUAUUACUUUAUUUUUACUAUUUCAGUAUGCUAAAAAUCGAGUAUUGUUGACAAUCAUAUUGUUUUUGGCGAGGGGUAUUAUUGCAGGAGUGUUCCAGGCCGUGUAUGUUUAUACUCCAGAGGUUUAUCCAACGCCAUUGAGAUCCAUAGGAGUCGGAACUUGCAGUGCUAUGGCCCGCCUAGGUGCUAUGGUUACGCCAUAUGUUGCACAGGUAUUGCUCAAGUCAUCAUUUAAUACUUCAAUAAUCAUUUACAUUACAGCAGCUCUUCUGGCCGCUAUAGCAAGUUCAUUAUUGCCAAUAGAAACUAAAGGAAGGGACAUGAAAGAAGAAUAUGUGGAAAAAGAUUAG